CAUUAGCAUCUAUGACAUAAAAUCCACUUUUGUGAAAAGCAGGCUUCAACACAAAAAGAUUCUUCUUAUACUUGAUGAUGUGGAAAAUUUGAUAAUAGCCGAAGAUUUAAGCAAAGUGCGUGAUUGGUUUGGGGAAGGAAGUAGAAUUAUUAUCACAUCAAGAGACAUGCAAGUGCUUAAGAAUUCUUCUGCAUUUUGAACAUAUCAUGUUUCGGAUUUGGAUUUUGAUGAUGCCUUUCAUCUCUUUAGUUUGAAAGCAUUCAAGCAAUAUGAGCCAUUUAAAGGUUAUAUGGGGUUAUCAAAAUUAGUAGUGAAAUAUUGUCAAGGAAACCCAUUAGCCCUAGUAGUGCUAGGUUGCUUUCUCUAUGGCAGAGGGAAAGAAGAGUGGGAAAGUGCUUUGGACAAACUAAAUCAAACUCCCUCCAAGGACAUCAUUGAUGUUCUGAAGUUGAGUUUUGAUGUACUUGAUGACAAACAACCAAAUCUUUUUCUUGACCUGGCAUUCUUAAUCAAUGCAAGAGUUUAUAGGUCUUUUGAUCAAAUAAGACAAUUAUACGGCUCUUCUGUGCAUAUUGAGAUGAGUGUUCUUCGAGAGAGAUCGCUCAUUUCAGUUUCUCAAAAAGACAAGAUUGGGAUGCAUGAUCUUGUGUUGCAAAUGGGCUUUGAAAUUGCUAGACAGCAGUUAUUCCCUAGUCCUAAGACCCCUGUUCGACUAUGGAGGCAUGAUGACAUAUAUGAUUUUUUAAUUUGUGACAAGGAGAUUGAGGCAAUUCGAUGCAUGUCAUUGGACGCGAGCAAGAUAGAAAGGAUUAAAUUGAGAGCUAGUAAUUUUCGAAAGAUGUAUAAUUUAAUAUUUCUGAAAGUUUACAAGUCUGAUCGGGAAAAGCUUCAAAGUUGAAUAUUUGUGAAGAUUUGGAUUAUCUUUCAGAAGAGAUAAGGUUUUUCAGUUGGGAGAAUAUCCACUACCAUAUGUCCCAUUACAAUUUUGUGCCGAGAAUCUUAUUACACUUGAAAUGCCUUACAGUAAUAUCCAACAACUUUGUGAUGGAAAUAAGCAUUUUCCAAUUCUAAAGGAAAUCUUUCUAACACAUUCAAAAGACCUUAGUGCACUCCCAGAUCUCUCUCAUAUCCCUAACAUAGAAUUUAUGUCUCUUCUUAGUUGUGUGAAUUUGGCUCAAGUUCAUUCUUCAACGAUCCCAGAAAAGAAUGUACAAUUAUGUAUAGAUGACAGUGGGCCAACGCAGAUAAACAUUGGGGGAACUAUUAGAGGGACAAGCUCCGGAUGAGUGUUUGGGUAAAAUUAUUUGGAUAUUGACAAGUUGUCAUUCAAUAAAGUGACAAUGAAACUCUUCGUACAAGGCAAGAUCAUAUCUGGUGUUAGAUUUAAACAUGUGGUAGUGACAAUAGCAAAGAUAGCAGAAUUGAGAUUGGGAACACAAAGUUUGACAUCUUUACUUCCGUUUAUUAGGAAACUUCUUUGGUUAGAGAAUCCAUUGGAGUUUGGGGAUGAUUUCAAGCAACACUAUACCUAUGAUCCUCAUUAUGCUUACUAUCAAC